AUGGUCUUUGACCGGGUGAUUCAGGAAGUAUGCGACUCUUCACAGAUCGACUUUGAGGAGAGCGGCGUCGACCAGCAUACGCUUGAGGAACUAAGAAAGGGCUGGCAGUCGAAGUUGUCAUCUCUUGGGGUUGCACAUUUUCCUUGGGACCCGGCACCACAGCCGCCUGUACCGCAGCCACAGGUUACACAGCAACAGUCUCCAAUACCUCCACCUACCACUAUCCCUUCAAAUGAUGCCCGAAUGAACCCCCAGCCCCAACUUCAUCAACCACAGCAGCAGCAGCAGCACCAAGCUCAUAUGCCGCAGCAUGCUGGCCUACAGUCUGCCAAUGACCAUUCAUCGGGAGACGCCUUCGUUAAAUCCGAAGGAGGCUUCUCUCCUCCACCCCCAGGGCCACCUGCUGGCACAAUCCUAGCCCAGCAGCGAGCUGCCAGCGCAUUGCACCAAAAGUAUGGCAAUGCUGCAGCGAACCAGGUUCAGCAUCUGCAGUCACACUCUCAGGCCGCUUUAUCCCUUCCUGGUGGGCAGCCACGUUAUAACCCUCCUCCCAUGGGCACCUCGAAACCUCAGGACUUUAGACCACCUCAGGUUCAAGCCCAGAUCCAGGCUCAGGGUCAAGCUCCUGGCCAGCAACAGACUCAGGCCUCCAGGUUGCCUCAAUCAGGUAUCCAGAACUCCCAGACCGAUGGCGCAGGUGAUGAUCUGUCAGAUUGGAAAGCCGAAGUUCAACGACGGAGAGAAGCAGCAGCCAAAAAUGGACCCGAAAAUGACCGCCGUCUUAGAGAGUUCGUCGAGUCCAGAAACCUCCAGCUCGAAGGCGGUGGUCUCCUGGCUCCCUUGCAUGAACGAUACCCCAACGCUAAUGGAAAGAAGCGCAAAAUAGUCAAGUUUGACAACCUAGAUACCUUGUCGAGCCAGGCAGAAGGGUCUUCUUCGGCACCAUUGUCCAGCACACCGACUGGACCCCCAUCACAUCCCCAAGUCGAUGGACCGGAUGACUACUCAGUCAAGAAGGAUGAGGACGAAGAUGCUAUUAACUCCGAUCUUGAUGACCCUGAUGACCUACUCGAUGAUGAGCAAGGCGAGGACGACGCAGUUGGCCAGGUCAUGCUCUGCACAUACGACAAAGUCCAGCGUGUCAAAAGCAAAUGGAAGUGUGUCUUGAAAGACGGCAUAUUAACUUCCGACGGUAAAGAAUACGUAUUCCACAAAGGAACGGGAGAAUUUGAAUGGUACUAG